AUGCAAUUUCUAACAUUAGAGGUGGUAAUUAUAAAAUUGAUAAUUUAGAAUUAUAAGAUUUUGUUAGUGUUUGUGAUUUCAGCAAUUUUAGAGGGAUAUCCUGAUUUUUAGGAGAAUAUAUAUAAAAUCUAGAAAUUCACUCUCGUGUUAUGGUGA